AUGAGAUUAAAUGAGAAUAUUACACAUUCUUUAAAUCUAAAAAAAAUGAGAAAUGAUUUUAUAAAAAGUAUCAUGAGAGACGAUGAGUAUAAAAAAAAGGAUGAUAAAAAAAAGGAGAUAGUUAAAUCAUGCAAAAGUUAUAAAGAUUUUUGCAAUAUAGUUGAUUCUGUAAAUAUGAAACCUAUUAGAAAAUAUGAAGAAAAAGUUUCCUAUGAAGACUAUAUAAAUUUAAACAUUUGUCCUUUUAAUUCUAAAAGUGAAUAUCUUCAAGAAAAAAAGAGAAGAAAUAAUUUAAAUUUUAUGAUUACUCAAUUUAAAAUUAAUAAUAAAAAGGAAAAAUUUGAUUCUUUAAUUGAUAAAAGCCACACAAAAUCCAGUGAAAUAAAACAAUUUUUGAAUAUACUAAAAAUUAAUAAAGAUAAUUAUUAUGGUUUUAUUAAGUCUAAUUGCAAUUGUGAUGAUAUAAAAUAUUUUAUAUAUAUUAUAAAAAAUAACCUGAAUGUUUUAUUAGAAGAUAACAAUUCUAAUGAAGAAAACAAUAUAUUAGAUGAUGAAAAUAGAAAAGAAGAUUAUAACUUCAAUUUAUUAAAUACAAUUAACUUCCUUUUUUAUUUAUCUAAGCAUUGGAGUAACGAAAAUUUCUCUAUGUUUUUUAUUGAAGAUGAGUUAAGUGAUAUCAGUUUAAAUAUAAAUACCAUUAUUGAUGAAAUAAAAAAAAAAAGCAAUAAACAUGAUAAAUUAAUAGAAAAGUUUAAUUAUAUAAAAAAUAUUUUUUCUAAAUAA